GAAAUGGUUCCGUCUCCCUGUUCCUGGGCUUUCCUGAGCCCUGAGCAGCCCUGCGAGAAAGUGGCGGGUUCGAGGUUAGUAGUGAGGAGACCCAAGGGAGGAAAUCGGUGGAAGAUCCGACGGAGUAUUGUGAGCGCGGCCAGUGUUCCAUGCGCUUUAGGUACAGCCUAAGGCGACCCAGAAGCACGGAUAGUCCAAACUUUACUCCCCGACAAGAAUAAAAUGUUCACUUGCUUUCAAUGGCACACAUCACUAUAAACCAAUAUUUGCAGCAGGUACUGGAAUCCAUUGACAGUAGAGAGGGAUCAUUUUGUGCAGAAUUAGUGUCAUUUAAACAUCCUCAUGUUGCAAAUCCAAGACUUCAGCUUUCAUCACCAGAAGAAAAAUGUCAACAAGUCCUGGAGCCACCCUAUGAUGAAAUGUUUGCUGCCCACUUGAGAUGUACCUAUGCAGUUGCCAACCAUGACUUUGUAGAAGCUUACAAAUGCCAGACGGUUAUAGUACAAUCUUUCCUGAGAGCCUUCCAGGCACACAAAGAAGACAACUGGGCUUUGCCAAUUAUGUAUGCAGUAGCUCUUGAUCUUCGAAUUUUUGCUAAUAAUGCUGACCAACAGCUGGCAAAGAAAGGCAAAGGCAAAGUGGGUGAUAUGCUGGAAAAAGCAGCAGAACUCCUGAUGAGCUGUUUUCGCGUCUGUGCCAGUGACACUCGAGCCAGCAUCGAUGAUUCCAAAAAAUGGGGCAUGUUGUUUCUUGUGAAUCAGCUCUUUAAAAUUUAUUUUAAGAUCAACAAGCUACAUCUGUGCAAACCCCUGAUAAGAGCGAUUGAUAGCUCAAAUCUUAAAGAUGAAUACAGCAUGGCACAGAGGGUUACAUACAGAUAUUACGUUGGACGGAAGGCCAUGUUUGAUAGCGAUUUUAAACAAGCUGAAGAAUAUCUCUCUUUUGCCUUUGAGCACUGCCACCGCUCAAGUCAGAAAAAUAAAAGGAUGAUUUUGAUUUAUUUGCUGCCGGUGAAAAUGUUACUGGGACAUAUGCCAAUGAUCCAGCUUUUAAACAAAUAUGACCUCAUGCAGUUUGCAGAAGUAACAAAAGCUGUGAGUGAAGGGAACCUCCUUUUGCUGAACGAUGCUCUGGCAAAGCAUGAGACAUUCUUCAUCCGUUGCGGUAUCUUCCUUAUCCUUGAGAAGUUGAAAAUCAUCACCUACAGGAAUCUCUUCAAGAAAGUGUAUUUGUUACUCAGAACUCACCAACUUUCUCUAGAUGCCUUUCUGGUUGCUCUGAAAUUCAUGAAAGUCAAUGAUGUUGAUAUCGAUGAAGUCCAGUGCAUUCUAGCUAACCUCAUAUACAUGGGGCACAUUAAAGGGUAUAUAUCGCACCAGCAUCAGAAGCUUGUUGUCAGCAAGCAAAACCCGUUCCCUCCACUCUCAACUGUGUGUUGAGUCCAUUGCGAUCCACAUGGAGAACAACUGUUUAUGAAGGUGGCUUGCUCUCAGAGUGACUCUUUUCGAAGAUUGGAAUGGCCGGGAUGUUAACCUGUUAAUCUGUUGAAAUGCACAUGAACAAGUGUGGGAGAGUUCUUCAGUACAAUGUGUACUGCCUUACAGAACACCUGCAAACUUACAGAACAUUGCAAACUUCAUUAAUCAACUUAAACUUAUGCCUUCUGUUGAUUUUGUUUUGUUCAGUAUCACUGAGAUGGGCUCUCUGAUAUGAUUUGCAAUUGUUGCAUAUUUAUACUACCAGACAAAAAUACAUUAUCUUGGAGUACCUACAUACUCAAAUCUUAUGUGCAGAAAACAAUAUUUAAGACAAUCCAUUUAAAUAUUUGGAUUUUAUUUUUUUUCAGUUCAGAUUUUCUUUGGACUAGCUAACCAUGUAAAUUCAGUUUUCUGCAUGAAGCUCAAGAAAGAAUUUGGGAUCUCUUUUCAGCACCCAUUGAAACCAAAUACUUUGAUUUUAUAAAAUAUAAAUCCUUUUGGAUUUGAACUGUUGUUACUGUUGUGUCUGUUGCGUGGUUGAGUUCCUCUGUUUUCCCACAAGACACAGACUACCUGUCACAAGAAUAAACCUAAUAUUUCCAUUUCACUCUUGGGUUCCCCUCUUAGUGGGACUAUUUUUUUUGUGCUUUUGAAAGUAUACGGUUUAGUACCACAGUCUUAUAGCUUGAUAGUAAAGAGUCCGGUUGUACCUUUAAGACUAACCAACUGUAUCAUAGCAUAAGCUUUCGAGAACUACUGCUCUCUUCAUCAGAUGCUCCAUGCUGUAGCUCUCGAAAGCUUAUGCUACAAUAUAGUUGGUUAGUCUUAAAGGUGCAACUGGAAUCUUUACUAUUUUGCCACUACAGACUAACUGUAGGCUACACGGCUAAUUCCUCUGAAUUAUAGAUUGAUGUGCCUGUAGUUAGUCUACUGAUACACUUGUGUUGACACUCGCUGCAGAGACAUUCCAAAGGAGGCAAGUAGAGGAGGUGCAUACUGAAGUGCUCUUUAAACUCCCAUCCGUUGGCCAUAUCCUCCUUGCUUAUUAUAUCCAUAUGAACACAGUCACAAACCCAAGGGGACUCAGCUGUUAUAAGUAUGUGUAGUAAUUAAUGAUUAAUAUUGUAUACUACUGCUUUUUGACUACACUGUUGCAUUAUGGAGUAAUUUCACCAGAAGGGUGGCAUUUCUGUUACAUACUGAGAAAGUUAGUCUAGCUAGCAAUCAAUAUAAAUAAAGCCCCACUUUAUGUAGAAAAGUAAAUGAUGAGUUCUGUUUUCCAAGAAGGGAGAGAGGAGAUCAAACCUCUUUAUUUUAAUUGAUGAGUAUACACACAUUUUCAACAGCAACCUGUAUUAAUACUGUGUAUUCAUUUGUUGCGGCAUUUGAUUACUCGAUUAUCUGUUUGAACCACAUCAUGUAUCUUGAAAUCUUGGUGAAUAUAAACGUUUCCCGCUCA